AUGACGAUUUUCGAUCCUAUGGGUUUGCUCGGUUUUGUCAUUGUACAGGCAAAAAUUAUUUUACAAGAUGUCUGGCGCUCCGGAGUAGGUUGGGAUGAACCGAUUAAAGAAGAAGAACGUUGCAACUGGUUUCGUUGGGUAAAACGCAUUCCUGCGAUCAACGGCAUAAAAAUUCCCCGUUGCCUUUCACUUGCCAGCGAAAACCAAAAUAAUCAGUUGCACAUUUUUGAAGAUGCAAGCAUAAAAGCCUACGCUGCGGUGGCCUACAUCCGGUCAGAAGUAGGUUCGCAAAUAUCUUGUUCACUUUUGGCUUCGAAAACUCGCGUUGCGCCAUUGAAGCCCACUUCCAUACCCAGGCUGGAGCUGUUAGCUGCUGUUUUGGGACUUAGGCUGGCAAAUGUUCUUAGCUAUGAACUGUCCAUUACAGUAAAUCGCAGAGUAUUCUGGACAGACUCCAAAAAUGUGUUGUUUUGGCUGCGAUCGAGCACAAGAAAAUACCAUCAAUUCGUGGCGCUGAGAAUCGGAGAGAUCCUCGAGAGUUCUGCUGUUAGGGAAUGGAGGUGGCUGCCAUCUGGUGGGAAUAUUGCGGACGAAGGCACUAAAUGGAGCAGCAACCGAGAAUUCGACGACAACCAACGCUGGUUCAGUGGACCUAAAUUCCUACUAGAACGAGAAUCAAGCUGGCCAAUUAUAAAAUUUCCAGAUGAUGACGAAGAGACAGUUGAGGUUCUACAGCAUAUAGAUUUCGCUAACAACUCAUUGGGUACGACCGCAGAAAUAACCCCGGAUGUAAAAAGAUUUAGUACAUGGGAGAAGCUUCGCAGUGCGCAUCGAUUUGUUUUACGUUUUCUACGAUUGGUUACGAAGGGAAAGCCACGUUCUCAGUUUCUUCAAAAGCUACUCAACCCAGACAACAUAGAGACAGCAGAGCUUGCAAUUAUGCUUAAUUGUCAAAGCGAGGUGUUCCAUGAAGAGAUCUGUCGUCUGCGUAAUGGUGAGGAAAUUAAUCGAAAAUCUUUUCUUUUCAAGUUCUCCCCAUACUUAGACCAGAUUGGCCUGCUGCGAGUAAAAGGUAGAAUUGAUGCUGCUGAGGGUGUUGCCAUUAAUGUCAAGCGUCCAAUAAUCCUGCCACGCAAGCACGACGUAACGCGACUACUCGUCGACUUCUAUCACAGGAAAUUUCACCACCAUCACAACGAGAUCGUCGUCAACGAGAUGAGGCAAAGGUUCUGCAUCUCCGCCUUAAGAAGGCUGGUAAAAGAAUGUGCUGCAAAAUGUCAAACCUGCCGGAACCGUAGGGCUUCUCCACAACCUCCUCAAAUGGGAGAUCUGCCAAUGGAACGUGUGUCACCUUUUACCAGGCCGUUCACCUUUACAGGGGUUGACUAUUUCGGACCAAUGGACGUUGUAAUUGGCCGCAGGCGUGAAAAGCGGUGGGGUGCUUUAUUCACAUGCCUUACCACCCGCGCAGUUCACAUUGAAAUCUCACCUACUUUAUCUACCGAGUCGUUUUUGCUGAUUUUUAAACAAUUUGUGAGUCGCCGUGGAGUACCGAAGCGAAUUAUAUCGGACAACGGCACCAAUUUUCGCGGUGCUAGUGUACUUCUAGUAAAAGAAAUUGAAAGAAUAUCGUCGGAUGAUAUAGAAAGGAAAUACCCUGAAAUUGAAUGGAUUUUUAUUCCCCCCGCUUCACCACAAUCGAUUCUAAUGGACAUUCUACCAGAUUCCGGUAUGCGAGAGGAGGUGUUAAGAGCCGUUCUAGCCGACAUCGAAAACAUUUUAAAUUCAAGGCCACUGACGUACGUGCCGCUUGAUUCAGCCGAAGAUGAAGCUCUUACGCCAAACCACUUUCUGACGGGACACUCUAGUGGUAUUCGAGAACUAACAGAUAAUACCAACUCUGGAUCGGCUCUACGGCAAAACUUUAAAAUUUCUAGCCAGUUGGCUGACCAAUUUUGGAGACGCUGGGUUAAGGAGUAUCUUCCCUGUCUUACCAGACGUGCAAAGUGGUAUCAGCCACCAGCAAACCCAAUCAAAUUGAACGACGUGGUGGUCAUCGUAGACGAAAACUCCAAGAGAAAUUCGUGGCCGAAAGGAGUAGUAAUAGAUAUGAAUUUUGGUAAAGAUGGCCAAGCUCGUAGCGCAGUAGUCAAGACAGUAAAUGGAUUAUGUACACGACCGAUAGUAAAGUUGGCGAAAUUGGACGUCGAGGUUGAAAAGCGUGGGGUAAACGUUAUGCAUAAAACCGCAUAA